AUGACCAAGCAAGACGCGCGCGCGGAGGCGACCGCGCGCGAGGAAGAGGCGAAGAUCUUCUCCGCGCCGGCGCCGACGGACGCGGCGGUUUCCGCGGCGCGGCGGGAUUCGGAGAGGCUCGCUCCCGCGAAAGAAUGGUCGUUUCCGCUUCCGCGGCGGAACGACCGCGGCGUCGUCGUCACCGGCGACGGCGGCGCCGCCGCGAAACGCGGCGACGUUCCCUACGGCGGGUGGGCGCGAGACAUCGUGGCCGACGUCGCGCGACGCGACGCGGUGAGAGACGCGACGCGAGACGCGUACGCGCACUACGAAAAAUACGCGUUCGGCGACGACGAGCUCCGCCCGCGCGCGAAACUCGGGAAGAACGCGUUCGGCGGCCUCGGCGCGACCAUCGUGGACUCGCUGGACACGCUGUGGAUCAUGGGAUUAUCGGACGAGUACGGCCGCGCGCGCGAGUGGGUUUCGAGACGGCUGAGCUUCGACGUCGACCGCGACGCGAGCGUCUUCGAGACGACGAUUCGCGUGUUGGGCGGCGUCCUCGCCGCGUACGACCUCUCCGGGGACGAGAUGUAUAUAAACAAAGCGACGAACCUCGCGACGCGGUUGAAGCCCGCGUUCGCGACCGCGUCCGGGAUCCCGUACCCGAUCGUAAACUUGAAAACCGGACGCGCGAAGCACCCGGGGUGGGCGCACGGGAGCAGUCCGCUCGCGGAAUUCGGCACGCUCUCGCUGGAGUUUGUCUCUUUGUCCGACAGAGUCGGGGAUCCGCGGUGGUCCGAUCUCGCGGAGACGCCGAUCGCGAAGGUGCAGAGCGUCCGCGGCGACGUCGGGACCGUGCCCAGAGGAUUAUAUCCCAUGUCCAUCGACCCGGGGAAGUUGAAGUGGAGCUCCGGCGCGGUGUCUUUCGGAGCGAUGGGCGACUCGUUCUUCGAGUACCUACUCAAGACGUACGUCAUGGGAGGGCGGACGAGGGAGCUCCGAGGCUGGAGCGAUAUGUGGGACGAGUCGAUGCGCGCGAUGCUGGAGCACUUAGUCUUUCCCGGGGAGGAAGAGGGCACGAAAUACGUCGCGGAGUGGAACGGGCGCGCGCAUCACAAGAUGGAUCAUCUCGCGUGUUUCGUCGGAGGCAUGCUCGUCCUCGGCGCGCACGGGUCGGACAUGGAGAAGGAAUACGUCGCCGCCGCCGCGGAAAUCACGAAAAUGUGCUACCGCAUGUAUACGUCUCAGCCCACGAUGUUAGCCCCGGAGGUCGUGAGCUUCGCGAAGUACGAGAAGGAGAACGGCGGGACCCCGCGCGGGCGUCGGAUGGUGAAUCAGGUGAAUCACAACCUGCAGAGACCGGAGACGAUCGAGUCGAUAUUUUACAUGUACCGCAAAACCGGGGAUCCGAUGUACCGCGAGUGGGCGUGGAAUAUGUUCUGCGCGAUGCGGAAACACUACAAGACGGACUCCGGGUGGGCGGGGAUCAAAGACGUGCGACGCGACCCGCCGACGAACGACGACACGAUGCAGUCGUUCUUCAUCGCGGAGACGAUGAAGUACAUGUAUCUCAUCUUCGCGGACGGCGACGUCAUCGACUUGGACGAGUGGGUGUUUAACACCGAGGCGCACCCGCUCAAGGUGAAGCCGCGACGAGAGACGCUCGUGCCGCCGUAUAAGUAUUCGUAG